GAGCGGAGCGUCAUUCAGAAAGCUCAGUGCAGGAGUGCGAAUAACACGAGCACGCGCGUCCUGGACUUCUAUUUAUUUAUUCACUGACCGAUAUAUUUAUUUAUUUAACACUGAAUUACUUAUUAAUGAGCUUUUUAAACUCUUUUUAAAGCGUCGGAGUACGGAAACUGGGCUCUAUGAAAACUCCCGGAGGAACUUUACCACAUCUUUGAGGCUGAAGCGGAGGAAUGAACCGUUUCUGUGUGAUUACCAUAUUUGUGACUGCAAUUUUCACCGUGACAGAAGGUCUGAGAUGCUCAGAGCCCUGUCAGAAUGGAGGAACAUGUGAGCUGGUAGCCAACGGACAGGUGGCCUGCAGGUGUCCUGCAGACUUUGUGGGUCCACAGUGUCAGAUCCCGAACCCGUGCAGUCCAUCCCCUUGCCGCAAUGGAGGCGUCUGUCGGCCGAGAACGCAGGGCAAUGACGUGGAUUUCACAUGCGAGUGCAUGUUGGGCUUCAGUGGCCCACUCUGCCUGACGCCGGUGAACCACGCCUGCAUGAACUCGCCCUGCCGCAAUGGAGGGUCCUGCUCACUCAUCACUCUUGCCACGUUCAGUUGCCGCUGCCCACCAGGGUGGUCAGGUAAGACGUGUCAGCAGGCAGAUCCGUGUGCAUCUAAUCCAUGUGCAAAUGGAGGACAGUGCUCAGCCUUUGAGUCCCACUUCAUCUGCACCUGCCCUCCCAACUUCCAUGGGCAGACAUGUCGUCAGGAUGUCAACGAGUGUGCCCUUUCCCCAUCACCCUGCCGCAAUGGUGGAGUCUGUGUGAACGAGGUGGGAUCUUACCGCUGCCGUUGCCCGGCUGAGUUUGCUGGAACACAUUGUGAGCGUCCGUUUCACCCGUGCCAUCCAUCUCCAUGCACCAAUGGGGGGACGUGUGUACAGACAAGCGACACUGGAUACACCUGUAGCUGUCUGCCAGGGUUUAACGGGCAGGACUGUGAGCAUAACAUCGAUGACUGUGUUCAGCAUGCAUGUGAGAAUGGGGGCAAGUGUAUGGAUGGAGUCAACACCUACAACUGCCACUGCGACAAACACUGGACAGGUCAGUACUGUACGGAGGACGUGGAUGAGUGUGAGUUGUCUCCAAAUGCUUGUCAGAAUGGAGGAACCUGUCACAACACGGUGGGUGGGUUCCACUGCGUCUGUGUGAACGGCUGGAGCGGGGACGACUGCAGCGAGAACAUCGACGACUGCGCCAGUGCUGCGUGUUACCACGGCGCCACAUGCCACGACCGCGUUGCAUCUUUCUAUUGCGAGUGUCCGCACGGCCGCACUGGUCUCCUCUGUCACCUUGAUGAUGCUUGCAUCAGCAACCCAUGUCAGAAAGGCUCCAACUGUGACACAAACCCUGUUAACGGCAAAGCCAUUUGUACCUGCCCUCCAGGAUAUACAGGCUCAGCUUGCAACCAAGACAUUGACGAAUGCUCACUCGGGGCCAAUCCAUGUGAGCAUGGCGGCAGAUGUCUAAACACCAAAGGCUCAUUCCAGUGCAAGUGCCUUAAAGGCUACGAAGGCCCUCGCUGUGAAAUGGAUGUGAAUGAGUGCAAGUCAAACCCCUGCCAGAACGAUGCCACCUGCCUUGACCAGAUUGGUGGAUUCCACUGCAUCUGCAUGCCAGGGUAUGAGGGCGAGUUUUGCCAGAUUAACACUGAUGACUGUGCAUCCCAACCAUGCCUCAACAACGGCAAAUGCAUCGACAAGAUCAACUCCUUCCACUGCGAGUGUCCUAAAGGAUUCUCCGGAAGCCUGUGUCAAGUGGACGUUGACGAGUGCGCCAGUACGCCAUGUCAGAACGGAGCCAAGUGCACUGAUGGGCCAAACAAAUUCACCUGCGAGUGCAAAGAAGGUUUUACAGGCUCUCUGUGUGAAAUAGACAUCAAUGAGUGUGCAUCAAACCCAUGCCACUAUGGAGUGUGUAAGGAUGGUCUGGCCUCGUUCACGUGUGCAUGUCGCCCUGGUUAUGCUGGACGACUGUGUGAGAUCAACAUUAACGAGUGUUUAAGUCAGCCAUGUCGCAACGGUGGAACCUGCCUGGACAGAGAGAACUCUUACACCUGCACCUGCCCUAAAGGAACCACAGGUCGAAACUGCGAGAUCAAUGUUGACGACUGCAAAAGUAAACCCUGUGACUUCGGCAAGUGCAUCGACAAAAUCAAUGGCUAUGAGUGCCUCUGUGAUCCUGGAUAUACAGGUGCCACGUGUAACAUUAACAUCGAUGACUGUGCGCUGAACCCGUGCCGUAAUGGUGGUACAUGUGUGGAUGGAGUGAACUCCUUCACCUGUCUGUGUCCCGACGGCUAUCACGACUCCACCUGCCUCUCUCAGAGAAACGAGUGCGCCAGCAACCCCUGCAUCCACGGCAACUGCCAGGACCAGGCAAACAGUUAUUUGUGUGUGUGUGAGCCUGGCUGGACAGGCCGUAACUGUGACCUGAACUUGAACGAGUGUCUGUCCAACCCGUGCGUGAAUGGAGGAACCUGCAGGGACAUGACUAACGGUUACAUCUGCAGCUGCAGAGCAGGAUUCAGUGGACCAAAUUGCCAGACUAACAUCAACGAAUGUGCUUCGAAUCCCUGCCUGAACCAAGGAACCUGUAUUGAUGAUGUUGCAGGGUACAAGUGCAACUGCCUGCUGCCUUACACAGGUGAUCUGUGUGAAAGUGUCUUAGCUCCCUGUUCUUCACGGCCAUGUAAGAACGGAGGUGUAUGUCGUGAGUCUGAAGACUACCAGAGUUUCUCCUGUGCCUGUCCGGCAGGCUGGCAAGGUCAGACGUGUGAGGUGGACAUUAACGAGUGUGUGAAGUCUCCUUGCCUCAAUGGUGGUGUAUGUUUGAACUCUGUGGGUGGAUUCCAGUGCCACUGCAACCCAGGAUUCACUGGCGAUCUCUGCGAGACUGACACUGAUGACUGCACUCCAAACCCCUGUAGUAAUGGUGGGGUGUGUGUGGAUCGUGUGAAUGGCUUUACCUGUGUGUGUGUGGCUGGAUUUCGGGGAGAGCGCUGCACAGAGGAUAUUGACGAAUGUGUGAGCGCCCCCUGCCGCAAUGGAGGGAACUGCACCGACUGCGUGAACAGCUACACCUGCAGCUGCCCUGCUGGGUUUAGUGGCAUCAACUGUGAGAUUAACACACCGGACUGCACAGAGAGCUCCUGCUUUAAUGGUGGAACAUGUGUGGACGGGAUUAACUCAUUCUCAUGCGUGUGCUUGCCGGGCUUCACUGGGAGUUACUGCCAACAUGACGUGAACGAGUGUGACUCCCGGCCGUGUCUGAAUGGUGGUACCUGCCAGGACGGCUUCGGCACAUACAAAUGCACCUGUCCUCAUGGAUAUACUGGUGCCAACUGCCAGAGCCUCGUUCGUUGGUGUGAUUCCUCUCCCUGUAAGAACGGAGGGUCCUGUUGGCAGAAGGGCUCCUCCUUCACUUGCCAGUGUGCCAGCGGUUGGACCGGACUCUACUGUGACGUGCCCAGUGUGAGCUGUGAAGUCGCCGCUCAGCAGCAAGGUGUGCCAGUGGCAACUCUGUGCCGCAACGGUGGGCAGUGUGUAGAUGUGGGCAGUACACACCUGUGCAGGUGUCAGGCAGGCUACACAGGCAGCUACUGUCAGGAGCAGGUGGAUGAGUGUGUACCAAAUCCGUGCCACAAUGGGGCCACCUGCACUGAUUACCUGGGAGGAUACACUUGUGAGUGUGUUGCGGGUUAUCACGGUGUGAACUGCAGCAAAGAGAUAAACGAGUGUGUGUCUCAGCCGUGUCAGAAUGGAGGCACCUGCAUUGACCUCGUCAACAGCUACAAGUGCUCCUGUCCUCGAGGAACACAGGGUGUACACUGUGAGAUAGAUGUGGACGACUGCUCUCCAGACACUGAUCCACUGACCGGUGAGCCGCGGUGUUUCAAUGGAGGCCGCUGCGUUGACCGUGUCGGCGGUUAUGGGUGUGUGUGUUCACCAGGUUAUGUGGGAGAAAGGUGUGAGGGAGAUGUAAACGAGUGUCUGUCUGACCCCUGCGACCCUAAUGGAUCAUACAACUGCGUGCAGCUGGUCAACAGCUACCGCUGUGAAUGCCGCACAGGAUAUACAGGUCAGCGCUGUGACACUGUGUUUGAUGGCUGUAAGGACAAACCCUGCAAAAAUGGAGGAACCUGUGCCGUUGCCAGCAACACUAAACACGGAUACAUCUGCAAAUGCCCACCUGGUUUCUCUGGCUCUUCCUGUGAGUACAACUCUCAGUCCUGUGGCUCCCUGCGGUGCCGUAAUGGUGCCACCUGUGUGUCUGGUCACCUGAGCCCUCGCUGCCUGUGCCCGCCAGGCUUCAGCGGACACGAGUGUCAGAAUCGGCUUGACUCGCCGUGUCUCUCCAACCCGUGCUACAACGGGGGUACCUGCCAGCCCAUCAGUGAUGCACCCUUCUUUCGCUGCCUGUGUCCACACAACUUUAAUGGUCUGCUCUGCCACAUCCUGGACUACUCUUUUAAUGGCGGGCAGGGCAAAGAUAUCGCUCCACCACCAGAGCUGGAGAUACGCUGUGAGGUGGCACAAUGUGAAGGCAGAGGUGGUAAUGCUAUCUGCGAUGCUCAGUGUAAUAACCACGCAUGUGGCUGGGACGGGGGCGACUGCUCUUUGAACUUUGACGACCCGUGGCAGAACUGCAGUGCUGCCCUGCAGUGCUGGAGGUACUUCAACGAUGGCAAGUGUGACGAGCAGUGCGCCAAUGCAGGCUGCCUCUAUGAUGGAUUUGACUGCCAGAGACUAGAGGGACAGUGCAAUCCACUCUAUGAUCAGUACUGUAAGGACCACUACUCUGAUGGUCACUGUGACCAGGGCUGUAAUAAUGUGGAGUGCGAGUGGGACGGGUUGGACUGCGCGGAGGACGUGCCCCAGAAACUGGCAGUGGGCAGCUUGGUGCUGGUGGUCCACAUCACUCCUACAGAGCUUCAGAACCGCUCAUCAUCUUUCCUCAGGGAGCUCAGCGGACUCCUCCACACUAACGUGGUCUUCAGGCGUAAUGCAAACGGAGAGCCACUGAUCUUCCCUUACUAUGGUAACGAACAUGAGCUGAGUAAGCACAAACGCUCGGCCCACGACUGGAGCGACCCGGCCCAACUGCUCCAGCGUGCACGGAGGAGCCUCAGUGCUUUCGUACACACGCGGCUACGGCGAGAGCUGGAUCAGAUGGAAAUUAAAGGCUCCAUCGUGUAUCUUGAGAUUGAUAACCGGCAGUGUUUCCAGCAAUCAGAUGAGUGUUUCCAGAGUGCGACAGAUGUAGCUGCCUUCCUUGGAGCACUGGCCUCCAGUGGGAAUCUCAAUGUUCCGUACAUCAUAGAGGCAGUUACCAGUGAGAAUGAGGCUCCAAGCCGGGGAGAAAUGUACCCCAUGUUCCUGGCCCUGUUGGUCCUGGCUGUGCUGGUGCUGGUUGCUGUUGGAGUAGUGAUGUCUCGGAAACGAAAGCGAGAGCACGGGCAACUGUGGUUCCCAGAAGGCUUCAAAGUGACUGAACCCAAAAAGAAACGUAGAGAACCAGUAGGAGAAGACUCAGUCGGACUCAAGCCUUUGAAGAACUCGGAGAGCACACUGAUGGACGAGCAACUGAGCGAAUGGGCAGAGGAGGACCAUGGCAAACGCUUCAGGUUUGAGGAACAAUCUAUGCUGGAUAUUGGAGGACAGUUAGAUCCUCGUCAGUGGACCCAGCAGCACUUGGAUGCUGCUGAUCUGCGUCUGAACUCCAUGGCUCCAACUCCUCCACAGGGCGACAUAGACAAUGACUGUAUGGAUGUUAACGUCCGUGGACCUGAUGGCCUCACUCCUCUGAUGAUCGCUUCGUGUAGCGGUGGUGGUUUGGAGACUGCCAACGGUGAGGAUGAAGAUGAUGACCCUUCUGCUGCUGUAAUUACGGACUUUAUCUGUCACGGAGCAAAUCUUCAUAAUCAGACAGAUCGGACGGGUGAGACUGCGCUCCACCUGGCUGCACGCUACGCCCGCUCCGACGCAGCAAAACGCCUGCUGGAGUCCAGCGCAGACGCUAACGUACAAGACAACAUGGGCCGCACACCGUUACACGCCGCUGUGGCUGCAGAUGCACAAGGAGUCUUCCAGAUUCUGAUCCGUAACCGUGCAACAGAUCUUGAUGCCAGAAUGAACGAUGGAACAACACCUCUGAUCCUGGCUACACGUUUGGCUGUGGAGGGCAUGGUGGAUGAGCUCAUCAACUGCCAUGCUGACAUCAAUGCCAUUGAUGACACUGGUAAGUCUGCUCUCCACUGGGCUGCUGCAGUCAACAAUGUGGAUGCCACUGUGGUGCUUUUGAAGAAUGGAGCGAACAAGGACUUGCAGAACAACAAGGAGGAGACCCCUCUGUUCUUGGCGGCUCGUGAAGGAAGCUAUGAGACUGCAAAAAUUCUUCUUGAUCACCUGGCCAACCGUGACAUCACCGACCACCUGGACCAGCUGCCCCGGGACAUUGCUCAGGAGCGAAUGCAUCACGAUAUUGUCCGCCUUCUAGAGGAAUAUAACCUGGUCAGGAGUCCACCACUUCCUCUGUCUCCUCCAAUCUGCUCACCUGAGGCCUUCCUGGGCAUCAAAACCAGCCCCGGCGGAGGCAACAUUACUAACAACGCUGCCGCAGCCAAGAAGCAACGGAAACCUGGUGGAAAAGGCAUCGGAGGAAAGGAGGGUGGCAAAGAGAUGAAGAUGAAAAAGAAGAAGGGCGGAGAUGGGAAGCACAGCGGGCUGAUGGAGGUUCUCUCUCCUGUCGAGUCGCUGGAGUCUCCACACGGAUACCUAUCGGACGUGUCCUCUCCGCCCAUGAUGACCUCCCCCUUCCUGCAGUCCCCACCAAUCGGCCAUCACCUGCAGGGCAUGGAUUCUCAAAUGGCCGGAGCUCAGCUGAGCAUGGGUAAGCCCUUUGACUCCGCCCCUCCACGCUUGUCCCACCUCCCUGUGGCUAACAACGGUGCGCAAACAGGACAAUGUGAUUGGCUCCAGCGUGUACAGCAGCAGCAGCAGCAAGCGGGAUUCCAAGCCUUAAUCCCCACAAUGCAUCAUGCUGCCAACAUGCCACAAGUGAUGGGAUAUCCCACCAUGCAAAGCAGCCACCUGGCUACCCCUCACCUGUUGUCUAACCACGCCCACCAGACCAGUCACCAGACCAGUCAUCUCAACCACCCAGGCCUCCAGCAUCAAACCUCAAGCUCCAUUCUCUCCCAGCAUUUCCUGGGAGAUCUGACUGGGGUUGACCUCCAGUCCGGCCCAGGCCACGCCCCCAUCCAGACCAUCCUGCCACAGGAGACACAGCGUCUGUCCCAGCCCAUUUCAAGCACACAGUUUUUGACUCCGCCCUCUCAGCAUAGUUACUCUGCUCCCAUGGACAACACUCCCAAUCACCAGCCACAGGUCCCCGACCACCCCUUCCUGACCCCCUCCCCAGGCUCUCCUGACCAAUGGUCCAGCUGCUCCCCACAUUCCAAUCUUUCUGAUUGGUCAGAGGGUAUCUCAAGCCCACCCAACAACAUGCAUAUGAACCACAUCCCUGAAGCCUUCAAGUAAAAUGGUGCUACAUUACGAGACAAAGCUAGAAGAGUGGGAAGACUGAACACGGAUGCCUUUUCUACGACUUUAUACCGACGUCACAAACUUUUUACUUCUUUUUUAAUUUAUUUAUGUACUUUUUUGGAAUACAGAUAUAAAAAAAUAUCUUUUUUAUUUAUGCUUUUUAUUUUUUAAUCUAUGAACUGCCCAGAAAAAAAAACUCGAAACUACUGCUACUGCAAAUAUUAUAACGUUUUGUUAACUUGUUUUUUAUAGUUAUGUUCGUGUUUUGUAUGGAGACGUUUCAGUAUUAAUUAGAACUUUUAAGCCAAACUUUAGCUUACUGUAAACGCCUGUAGAAAAAGUCUUAUGUGUUCAUAUACUGAAGUCGUUGAAUGUUUAACCGAGGACGUGUGCAGACAUGGACCGGAUACUGAUGCCAGAAGAUGACUGCAUAACUGUUUAUCGUCACAGAGCCUUACAAAGGGAGAUGAACUGCUAUGGUGAACCGUGAAAGUCUCUGUUCUCUUUGCCACACUGGACAAUGUGUACAAGCUGUCUUAACGUUGCUGCCAUUUGUUGUAGACACCCUAACACGUCUGUAUUUUCCACUGAACCUGAGUUUGUUCAGGCGCUUGGGAGAGUUCUCACGUAUGUAGCUUGAUGACCACUGUUAUUUAUUUUUUAUUUUUUAGAAGAAGAAUCUCAGCCUUGUACAACUAUUACAAACCUAACCAAGUCCUAACCUAAAAUCCAGUGUUCCGUUCCAUUCAAAUAUGUAAUAUAUUAAGAAAUGCAAUACUGUAUUCAUUUAUAUUUUGUAAUAUAUUGAUCAUAUAAGUCUAAAGCGAAACUGGGCAAAUUUAUCUGGACACAAGUUUAAGAGUGGUUGUACUAGGCUGAGUAAUACUGUUAAGCUAGAGUAUGUACUAGAAAUGUAGAGAGUGUGUGUGAAUGCGUGGGAGUGUGGAUGUGUGUAUAUGUGGGACAGAGAAUGUACACAGUGGUGGUGUAUGUGUGUGUUGCACUGUGGUGACAUCGUCAGGUGUCGGACCUGUUAAGUUUUAUAAACACUGAUUAAAUGUUGUACUGCUAAAGAAAUGAUGACAUAUGCAUUUGUUCUCUGAGGAGGAAAAAGUAUUUGUAAAAUAAUUUUCUUAAAACAAUAAAGAAACUUGACAUUUUUUCAUUAAA